GUCGUGACUUAGUGGGACCAGCUUGCCUGAUGCAGGUUGUAGGUUGCAGGAGGGUUGUGUCCAGCGUUGUCAUUUGGUUUAGGUGCUACAACCCGGUGAAAGAACUGUCCUGAAGAGGAUUUCCUCUAGAUUUUGGAGGGAAUGUUACUGUCCUUCGCUCUCCGUGGGUGCUGUGUAAAGCACCAUAUACACCAAGCAUUUUGUAAUGCCCAGAAAUGUGUUAAAAGCCUGACUGUCAGAGGACUUGCAACCUCCAGCAAUCAGCUGUUUGUCAGGAGAACCUCUCAGCGCUUUGUCAGCCAGACACGAGGAGCUAAAACCCACAAGCAGAAGCAGCAGGAGGAAUGGAAGCAAAAAAACAAGACCAUUUUGACGUAUAUCACAGCCGCUGGGGUUGGAAUGAUUGGCAUGUCAUAUGCUGCUGUGCCACUCUACAGACUGUACUGCCAGGCAUCUGGACUGGGAGGCACAGCAACAGCAGGACACGAUACAGAUUUAGUGGAGACGAUGAAACCGGUUAAGGACCGCAUUAUUAAAGUCACCUUUAAUGCUGACACACACGCCAGCCUCCAGUGGAAUUUUCGUCCUCAGCAGUCAGAAAUCUAUAUUGUGCCAGGAGAAACUGCACUGGCAUUUUACACAGCCCAGAAUCCCACCGAUAAACCUGUGAUAGGAAUCUCUACAUACAAUGUUGUGCCAUUUGAAGCUGGGCAAUACUUUAACAAGAUUCAGUGUUUCUGCUUUGAAGAACAGAGGUUAAACCCUCAUGAAGAGGUGGACAUGCCUGUUUUCUUUUACAUUGACCCAGAGUUUGAUGAAGAUCCCAGGAUGGCUCGAGUUGACACAAUUACACUUUCUUAUACCUUUUUCGAAGCCAAAGAAGGACAGACGUUACCACUUCCUGGCUACAGUUAAAAUGUAGCAGCAUGUGUUCUAUUGUUCAGAGACUUUCCUAAUAUUUCUAAUAAACUAUAAAGAGAGUGGUAUUUAUGGAAUGAUCAGCUGUUAAAGCCUUUUUUUUUUUUUUUUACAUUUUUGUCAGUAUGUUUCCUGUGUUCAGGCUGACUCUAAUGCACCAUGAUAAUAUUAUGAUGCUCUACUUGAAUUACCACUGAAAUGCUGUAAUGUAGAUGAUAUCUUCUACAGUGCAGUAAAUCACCCGAGUACUGAAGUUCAUAUAAAUUGAAUGACUUAAUUCUGAAUACUAGAUGGCGAAACGGUUGCAAGUUUCUGUUUUGCCGCCAUUCGUUGAGAAAUAUGUCCAGAGACUUGCAUAUACUGUAUAAUGCUUUGUAUAAGAUGUUACAGGCUUGUGUUUGGUUAUAAUGCAAUAUGAUACGAUCAAAUAUAUCUGUCGCGUAAGGACAUGGAGACUCUGAUUUGGAAGAUUAUGCAACUGUAGACAUUAGAGACAUCUCUCUUCCUUACAUAACAUCACAUCAGCAAGCCUGGACUCGAUCAAACUAAAUUGUGCAAUGUGAAAAUGUUGCAUAAAUAUAUAUAUGAGAGGAAAGUGAGAUAAAAUCAUGCCCAGAUCGAGACAUUUGAGCUCUUUACAUCCAAUAAAGUGAGCUUAGUUGAUAGGUUAACCAACAAGUGUAGAUGUGACCUAAUUAAAUAAUUGACUGUAAUGCACAAUGACACCGUUUAAUUUAUAUUCCUGUUGUUUGAUUAUUGUUGACAGUAGAUGGGGAAAUAGUGUUAUAAUGUAAUUGAAUAUUAAAAAGAGGAAUUUGUAACCUCAUUAUGUUGAGUGCAAUUGGGUUUUUGUUGUUGUUGUUAUUGGUUUGACACAAAGACAUCCUCAUACGUUCAAGCUAGUUAAAUGAAUGCCAUUGAUAGAAUGUUGAUAACAGAUAUUUUGAAUAAUAAUUACAUAAUCCAGUGGGAAAGCCAGGUUUGUAAUAGGUAUUAUUAUUAGUAGUAGUAGUAGUAGUAGUAGUAGUAGUAGUAAAUCAAGGAUAUACUAUUAAUCUAUAUCCCCAUCUGAGUCCUGACUGUCGGUCCGGACUUCGUGUGCUGUUUUAAACCACAAUAAAAAAUGAGAACGUCUGGUAUUGUCUCCGGGGCUCUACGUCAUUCUUCCUGCCCCGGAAAACAACAAACCCAACCACGUUGCGCUCGAAGCGGUGAGCGCGCGCUGACCCCGGUUCAGUCUGACGGCGCGUUCACGCACUUUGAAAUGAACGGAGCCAGUGACGUGACCACUGCACGGGAAUCAGCGCUUAUCAAGGCUCCAUGCUAUUAACCACACCCACUCCU